AAAUCUUCUUACUACUCUACAAUAAACAAACAGCUACAAAAUCCUGGUGCAACGAUUUCUCAGAAAAAUGCUCUCUCCAACUCCAAGAAAAAUUCCUCUCCCGUCCUUUGUUUCGAUCGUCCUUUUGAUUUUGAUUUCGAUUUCUCAGAUCGCCAUGGCAGAUUCCUCCGAAUCCACUCCAAGCUCCGGCGUUACUCCGGCCUCAUCCGAAGCAGCCGUUUACAUCGUCUACACCGACCAGGACAAUAGCAACGAGGACCCUGAGGCUUAUCACGUUCGAACCCUAACCUCCGUGCUGGGAAGUGAGGAGGCGGCGAAGGGGGCUUUGAUUUACAGUUACAAGACGGCUAUGCAUGGAUUCUCCGCUAAGCUCACUCCGGAGCAGGUCGCCGAGAUUUCAAAACAACCGGGCGUUCUUCAGGUUGUUAAGAGCCAGACAGUCCAACUGCAUUCUGCAACAGCGUCGUUUA